UCAUAUAUUCAUCACGGCGGUGAUAUUUCAUUUCAAAUACUUACAAAACUUAUCUUAUUCAUUGAAAGUGCACAUUGUACUGAAAACAAAUGUUGAGCUCUUGUUUUUUCCUCCUAAAACGACAUUUACUCGAGAAUAAGUCUACCGAAAAAAAGGGACGUUUACUCUAUUUCACUUGUUUUAGGGCAAACAAACCAAAAAGUGGGUACCAGAAACGCUAGUACCAGAAACAAUGAGUGGUAGAUGGAAAAUGUAUGGAGUUUGACAGCCACAAGAGCCUCCUGGUUUUUCCUGACCAUCGCUGAAUGUUUCGCGAAAGGUAUCUUGCAACGGGCUCAUCGUUCACAACACUCAGCUUUUCUUUCCGUAUGGGCCGCUCUACGGUAGCACAAAUAGUGCUAGAAACGUGUAAUGCUUUGUGGGAAAUUCUACAGCCUAUUUAUAUGCCUGCACCAACGGAACAAAUGUAUAGAGCUGUAGCCGAAGAAUACUGGCUAAAAUGGAAUUUUCCAUUUGUAUUGGAGCUAUUGAUGGGAAACACAUACGAAUAAAAUGCCCAAAAGGAACUGGAUCGUUAUGCUAUAACUACAAAGGUUUCCAUUCAAUAGUUCUACAAGCAGUAGCAGAUGCCAAUGCAAAAUUUUUGGUGAUAGAAGUGGGAGGAUAUGGAAAACAGAGUGAUGGAGGAACUUUUAGUAGUUCCGAUUUGUACAAACUACUGGAAAAUGGUCAAUUGAACAUCCCUCCGGACACCCCAUUACCAGAUGAAGAGUUCAGCUUGGAUAUGCCGCACGUUUUCGUCGGAGAUGAAGCAUAUCCUUUAAUUAGAAACUUGCUCCGCCCAUAUCCCCGUUCACUACUCGAUUCGGAAAAGGAGUAUUCCAAUUCACUGUUGUCCAGGGCCAGAAAGUGUGUGGAAUGUGCAUUCGGCAUUAUGACUGCAAAGUGGAGACUCCUUUGGAAACCAAUUGAGGUGGAAAUAGAAUUCGCGGAUGAGAUCGUGAAAGCUAUAUGUGUACUACAUAACGUCAUAUUAGAUCAUGAAGGACUUGAUUCCAUUCUGGACGGAAAUGUUGACAUAAAUAGAGUGCAGGGUAAAAAAAGUCAAGGUUGCGGAUCCAAUAAAAUUUGUACUAAAACUGGACGUUUCGUGCGAAACUAUUUUGAUGGUUUUGUGAAAAAAAAUAAACUAAAUUAA